AUGAUAGCAUCAGAAGUUGGCUCCACCAACACGGAGCCUGUGCACGUCAGGAUCACAAAUGAGAAAGCUCCGUUGAUUCAUGGUAGAAGCAUGUUUCAACGAUUAAGCAGUAUCUUCAAGGUUGGGAGGAUGCAACACCCGGAAGGAGACGGCUAUGUCGAAUUUGGCAAUUUGGGUAUCGACAGCACUCGUACAUUGGGAACCUUUGCUGGUGUAUUCAGCCCCGUCACAUUGUCUAUGUUCAGUGCCUUAGUUUUUAUACGAAUGGGAUAUAUCGUGGGCAAUGCAGGAUUACUCGUCACCUUGAUACAAUUUAUAAUCGCAUAUGGUAUUUUAUUAUUCACUGUCGCGUCUGUCUGCGCUAUAUCGACCAACGGUGCAGUGGAAGGCGGUGGUGCUUAUUUUAUGAUCAGUCGCACGUUAGGGCCCGAAUUUGGCGGCUCUAUCGGCACUCUCUUUUUUAUGGCCAAUAUAGUCUCCAGCGCGCUUUGUAUCUCCGGCUGCGCCGAGGGUUUGGUCGAGAACUUCGGACCAUCUGGUUACCUGAGCGGCCCGAGCGGACUGAUACCAGAUGGCCGAUGGUGGAGAUUUUUAUAUUGUUCCGUACUGAAUACCGCCAAUCUCCUGGUUUGCCUGAUCGGAGCCGCAAUGUUCGCGAAAACCAGCGUCGCGAUCUUGGCGGUUGUCUGUAUCUGUUUAAUUAGCGUUUUUAUCAGUUUUCUGGCGCAAGGCGCUAUGGAGAUACCAAUACCGGACGCAAACACGUUGGUGCAAAACGCAACGGAUCACGUGAACGGAAGUUACACGGGCCUUUUGUCCGCUACUCUUUACAACAAUCUCUAUGCGAAUUACAGCGCCGAUUAUUCGAGUGGCGGGACUUUGACGGAUUUUGCGAGCGUUUUCGGUGUGCUCUUCAGCGGUGUAACCGGAAUAAUGGCGGGAGCGAAUAUGAGCGGUGAACUGAAGAAUCCUGGCCGCAAUAUUCCACGUGGGACGUUAUCGGCUGUAUUAUUUACAUUCAUAUGCUACAUUCUGCUGUCGGUGUUGACAGCCGCUACCACCAGUCGGUUUUUAUUGCAAAAUAACUUCAUGUAUAUGAUGCCAAUUAAUAUCUGGCCACCGUUCGUCGCUGUCGGUAUCCUCACGGCGACGUUCAGCGCCGGUUUGAGCAAUCUGAUAGGUUCCAGCAGAGUGUUGGAAGCAUUGGCCAAGGACAACGUAUUCGGUUCGGGAUUGAAUUUUAUAAUACAAGGUACGUGGCGCGGGAAUCCAAUAGCAGCGGUGUUGACUUCGUGGGCUCUGGUUCAGACGAUCUUACUCAUCGGGUCGUUGAACACUAUCGCUCAGAUCAAUUCUGUACUAUUUUUGUUGAGCUAUCUCGCGACCAAUCUCGCAUGUCUCGGACUGGAACUCGCUAGUGCGCCGAACUUCAGGCCUACGUUCAAUUACUUCACAUGGCAUACGGCGACCAUAGGCCUCCUCGGGACGCUGAUAAUGAUGUUCAUAAUCAACAGUAUUUACGCUUCCAGCAGCAUAAUAUUGUGCUUGAUCCUGAUCAUCGUGCUGCAUCUGUUUUCCCCAAGUAAGAACGCGCCGUGGGGCAGUAUAUCCCAAGCGUUGAUAUUUCACCAAGUCAGAAAGUACCUGCUGAUGUUGGAUUCGCGCAAGGACCACGUCAAAUUCUGGCGCCCGCAAAUGCUGCUGAUGGUCGCGUCACCGCGCUCCGCUUGCCCUCUUAUCGAUUUUGUGAAUGACCUGAAAAAAGGAGGACUCUACGUUAUCGGACACGUCAAGGUCGGCGAAUUCACAGGACAGAAUAACGAUCCUACGAUGGAGGAGUAUCCGCAUUGGCUGAGUUUGGUCGAUCACAUGAAGGUCAAAGCCUUUGUCGAGCUAACUGUGACAAGAACGGUGCGCGAAGGUUUGCAGCAUCUGAUAAGACUGUCUGGGAUGGGCGCGAUGAAACCGAACACGAUCGUCCUCGGUUUCUACGACGAGGAGUCGCCGCGAGAUUUUUUCGCAGACUCUCAGUACGCGACGACGAUAUUCGAGAAUAGCUCGACGCUUCCAAACAGCGCUAUGUUCCCGCUGAGGCAAACGACGGACGAGAAAUACCUGGAUCCUGUACAAUACGUCGGUAUGUGCUCGGACGUUCUGAGGAUGAAGAAGAAUCUGUGUCUAUGUAGAAACUUUCAUCUGUUGAAUAAAGCGCAAUUGACAAAGAACUCGAACUUGAAGUACAUCGACGUGUGGCCGGUGAAUUUCUUCCAACCGACUGAUCAGGAUCCAUUCGACACGACGUCGUUGUUCAUGCUCCAACUCGCCUGCAUCAUCAACAUGGUACCCAGCUGGAAGAACCUUCAUCUCAGAGUGUUUCACUGCGAGACCUCGAACGGCAGCUUGGGCAUCUCGGACACGCAAAGCUCGGUAAACGAAUUCCCGAGAGUCUCAAACGAGCACAGAAUACGAAAGUCGCUGAACUUGCUGCGAAUCUCUGCGUCGAUCAAGAAGAUCCCGGAAUGGGGAGAGCAGAUUCGAGGGCUGAAGGGCAGGUCAUUACUCGAGCCGAAAACGGAGAAUCACUUUGACGGAAGUACCGAGUCUAAUGACAACGCUUUGAGCAACAUGUCACGGGCUUACAUAUUAGGUGUUAAUCAACUAAUAAGGCAACAUUCCUCUCAGACUGCGACGACAUUUAUUUAUUUGCCUGCACCACCAAUCUCGACCACUUGGGACCAGGACGAUAUGUAUCGACAGUAUUUGCAGUCGUUGACUGAACUAACCGCAGAUCUACCGCCGAUAGUUCUCGUGCACGGUGUUAGCGCCGUUACGUCGACCACUUUAUAACAAAGUGUACGGAUAGAAACGAAAAUGUUUAAUAUAUUCUGAAUCUGUAAAAAGAGAAGAUAUCAAUCGAAAAGCUGAUAAAGAUAAUUAUAUUAUAGUUCCUCGGACAUAUGAUACUAAUUAUAAGCAGAAUUAUUGUACUAAAUGCACAAAGUCUGAGGAUAAAUGUAAUUUAUUAUUAGUGAUUCGAUUAAUUACUCAUUAGUAAUUCGAUUAAUUUCUCAUUAGUAAUUCGAUUAAUCAUUUUGCAUGGUACUAUGUAUAACAUGUAACCAAGCAAUAAGUAUUGUUUUAGAUCGGUAGGAAACUCUUAUCACGUCCAACGGGAAGAAAAUAUUUAGUAUGUAUAAAUGUUAAAGUUUAUAAUACUGUGAUAACAAACGUAUCAUAUAAGAGAUUCUCCAAAAAUGAAUAUUUUUUAAAGUGACGACUAGACGGUUCUAACAUCAUAUAAGGAUAUUGUAACUAAUAUAUACAAGAUAAGGCAUUUAAUUUUAUGACCUAAACUGUUUUUUGUACGUGCGAGUACCGUAAAGUACUUUGGACAAAAGUCUUGUAGUUUCAGGCUAGAAAUAAGAGAUUCACCAAGCUAUAAGCCUUGUUUGAAACAUUUAAGUCAUAAAAUUAAAUGCUUAUUAUACACUUCAUAUAAAAUACACUAUUUCUGUAUCGCUCUUUUAUACUGCAUUUCAUGUCAUUAACAUUAUUUAGUAAUACAUCAAUUAAGAAUCGAUUAAACAAAGAUUUAUCGAAAUUACUUGGCUUAUUAUAUUGAGUAUUAGUUGAAAUUAUUUGAAAUUGUAUUAUUUGGAGAUAAAAUGGUUUUUUGACCGUGACGAUUUUAAUAUUAUGGUAGAGACAAAACAAAAACAACAAAAAUAUAAA